GCUCUAAAUCCACAGGACUCGGCGCUAUAUACAGAGUAGCGGGAUAAUUGGAAAAUUCGGUGUAAACGUUAGAUAGUCACAGUGACAUCGGUCUAUGUACUAUCCCAAUACACAAUCUGGUAUUUAUCAGUCUCAAACCAUCUGACCAAACGAAAGAGUUUUCUGUAGGAUCUGAACAGUGAUUUUUGAGCUCUAUAUACGGCGUUUCCCCCAACCGGAGUGCAUAUCCUCGUACUGAUUCGGUUGUCGCAUGGUUGUACGCCCUGACGCCACUUCUAAGGUCCCUUGAACAGUCAGGGGAUGCUAGCUCUGUGGUCUGAGAACUGGGAAACUAUGUGCCAGAUUGAAAAGAGUCGGGCAGUGCUCGCGGGAUACGUCAUCGCUCCGAAUGUUGGGUGUCUCUCAGUAGAGUCUGCCCCAGACAUCAUCUGGGCACUAAAGACGCACAACAGGGACAAGGAACGGACCGUCAUGCGUCGCUCACUUCGCGCUCGCUCGAGUCUCAUGCUGAGUUCCGUGACAAAUAUCCGAAUAUGUGGGGGAUGCAGCCUAAGACUAGUCAGUGGACGCCAGGCAGAUGGUCGGGUCGAAUCCUGGAAUGAUGAUAUAGGCUCUUGGGGGGAGAACCUUAGAGGGAAAAACGACGCCACAAUGAUCAUGGAACACACGACAAGUCAAACACACAAACUAAAUGAACAUGUGGCGGGGCAGGAUAGAACGGGGGGAAUCGAGAACAAACACAAAUGUCCUAUAUCUUCGAGAAUCAGGUCCAGUUCAGUUUGAUACGAUGGACAAGAUAAAUUCCCAGCAGUUGGGAAUCAUUGUCCAACUAUCAAUCGCCAUCGUCGAACGACGAUCCUUCGCCAGUUUCAAUUUCGC